AUGCAAGAAACUAGACCCAAACCAACAAUUAGUAUAAAAUUAGCACAUCACACAAACGCAAAAGAAGAUCUAGAAUCCUUUGAAACUAAUAGUAUAUUAGUUUCUUCUAGUAAUGACCUUCAAAAUAUCAAUGAUAAUAUUACGGAUGAUAUAGACGAACAUACUGUAACAUACUUUACUAAAGAAUUAGCUUCAAAUAUUAUUUGUCAUACCUUAACGCCUAUAGAAUACUCUGAAACAAGUCUAGAUAGUGUUGCUUAUAUAUAUAAUGUUGAAGGUUGGGAAGAACUGUUAUCUGCAUUCAAAGAUAUU